UCUCUUGAGUCUUGACCACACUGAACCAUCCAAACCCAACGCACUCAAGCUCACAACUAGCCAUGGAUGUGACUGUGAGAUCCUUUUCUCUAUCAGCCAUAGCCCUCCUCCUCUUUGUGUCCUUUGCCCAAGGGCAGAACCCCAGGUGCGAGACUCCGGACCAGGGCUCGAACCUGCAGGUGUUCCACGUGUACAGCCCGUGCUCCCCAUUCAGGCCCUCAAAGCCACUCUCAUGGGAGGAGAGUGUGCUCCAAAUGCUGGCCAAGGACCAGGCCAGGAUCCAGUACUUGUCCAGCCUGGUGGCCAGGAAAUCUGUCGUGCCGAUUGCCUCCGGCAGGCAGAUCACUCAGAGCCCCACGUAUAUUGUGAGGGCCAAGUUUGGUACGCCUGCUCAGACGCUGCUCUUGGCCAUGGAUACCAGCAAUGAUGCUGCCUGGGUGCCUUGCACCGGCUGUGUAGGCUGCUCAUCUACAGUACUGUUUUCUGCCGACAAAUCCACCUCCUUCAAGACCCUUGGUUGCCAAGAACCCCGAUGCAAGCAGGUGCCCAACCCCAGUUGCAGUGGCCCUGUGUGUGGUUUCAACAUAACCUACGGCAGCUCCACUGUAGCGGCUAACCUAGGCGUGGACAACAUCACCCUAGCCACUGACUCGGUCUCUGGCUACACCUUCGGCUGCAUACAGAAGGCAACAGGCAGCUCGGUGCCACCCCAGGGGCUCUUGGGCCUUGGCCGAGGCCCACUUUCACUCCUAUCCCAGACCCAAAACCUCUACCAAUCCACAUUUUCAUACUGCCUGCCUAGCUUCAAGACCCUCAACUUCUCUGGGUCGUUGAGGCUUGGCCCUGUUGGGCAGCCGACGAGGAUCAAGUACACCCCCUUGCUCAAAAACCCUAGAAGAUCAUCACUGUAUUAUGUCAACUUGGUUGCAAUUAGGGUUGGUCGGAAAAUUGUCGACAUUCCGCCUGCUGCUUUGGCGUUCAAUCCGACGACUGGAGCAGGGACAGUCAUUGAUUCAGGCACGGUCUUCACCCGGCUGGUGGCACCGGCGUACAUCGCAGUAAGAGACGAGUUCCGCCGCCGAGUCAGGAACGCGGCAGUGACAAGCCUAGGCGGCUUUGACACAUGCUACUCGGUCCCAAUCGUUGCACCCACAAUAACGUUCAUGUUCACAGGCAUGAACGUGACGCUGCCACCCGACAACCUGCUAAUCCACAGCACAUCGGGCAGCACCACAUGCUUAGCCAUGGCAGCCGCGCCGGACAACGUGAACUCAGUGCUGAAUGUGAUAGCGAACAUGCAGCAGCAGAACCACCGUGUGCUUUUCGAUGUGCCAAACUCCAGGCUCGGUGUGGCCCGUGAGCUCUGUACCUAAUUUUGUGGUGUUUUUGGUUGAUUAACUGUCUAAAGGCAUUUCUAGCUAGCUUUGUACCUGGUGUGUCACGGGGCUCUCUGUAGCGGUCUCUGUCUUUAUCUUUAUGUUUGAAUCCUUAAUGAUUACUUUAGCAUGGGUCGUACAAUGUCACGGGUUAUAUUACUUCCAACACUUUUUGCUGUCAA